AUGCUCUACUGUUUUGUCUAUCAAGGCAUAUGGGCAUCUGACAUAAAGGUGUCUCAUGGCUUCGAUGUGGACACAAUUCAUUUGAUCUACUCCUCCGAUUUAGGUAAUGCAGACCUCGAUCUCAUGGAGGAAGGCCAGCUGAAGCUGUCAAUCAUCCAGGAGCAUGAAGUACUUGUUGUUAGCGUUUUGGAGGCUAGGAGCGUGUUGGAGGAGUGCCAGGGGUCAUGUGACCUUUACGUUAAAAUUGGCAUGUGCCCAGACAGUGAUCCUAGCGACAGACAGAAGACUCAGAUGGUUCCUCACUGUAGGAACCCCAUCUUCUUACAAACCUUUUACUUUGUUAUCAGUGAGGUGGACCUUCAUAAGAGACUGCUCUUCACAAUGUGGAACUCUGACUCCACAACAAGGAUGAGUGAUCUGAUGGGUUGCAUGAGCUUUGGUGUGCGCUCCCUUAUGGAUCCAGACAAGGAGGUUCAAGGAUGGUACUACCUACUUGGGGAAGAGCUAGGGAGGAAGAAGCAUCUUAAAGUGCCCACACAAAACGACUACAGCUCCACUGAGGCUGUGCUGUCAAACCAUGGUGCUGCCCCCGAGACCAAUCGCCCUGAGAAUAUGCAAUGCUUAACAGUGACCAUCCUUCGAGGAAAGGAUGGAUAUGGCUUCACCAUCUGCUCGGAUUCCCCUGUGAGGGUGCAAGCUGUGGAUCCAGGGGGUCCAGCGGAUCAGGCUGGUCUGCAGCAGCUGGACACUCUCCUGCAGCUAAAUGGUCAGCCAGUGGAGCAGUGGAAAUGUAUGGAUUUAGCCCAUGCUAUCAGAAACAGUGCAAAUGAAAUCAUACUGGUGGUGUGGCGAACAGGCCCUUCAGCCAAACCUAAUUUCGAGGGCCUCAUCCAUCGGCCCUCCUACAAACCAUCAACCUCAAACUAUGAGGCCCCCUCACCGCCCACUCGCCGGCGAAUACCAGAUCUUGGAGCCAGCAAAACCCCCCCAGCUGUGCCGCCUCUCCCAGCCCACCACCGUGCCACCGCCACCCGCAGGCUGCUGGUCAACGGCUCCGAAGCUGGACAUAGCAGUGGCGUAGGGACCAUGGGGUGGGGGGCCCAGGGAGGGUCGGCCGAGGAGCUGGAUGGGAAACCGCGACACCUCCACCACCCUCACCCUCACACUGCCACAUUGAAGGGUACCCGGGUGAAGGCAUCCAACGGGGACAACUACAUCAUCCUGGCCCCCAUCAACCCUGGAAGCCAGGUACCGCAGACUGGUGGUGGACUGCAUCUUCAUCAUCUUCUUCGCCCUCCCCAUCCUCACCACGGUCAUAUGGUGGCUCAUCCUAGAUAUGUCUCCUUACCUUUUAUCCCUGGUGCUGAUAGAUAGAAGGACUGUAUAUACAGUAUGUCUGGGCCAUUUGGGUUACAGCCGUCUCACUGAUUUGUGCUUUAAGACAUGUUAUGAACACACAGCAUGCACUUCAUAAAGGGUCAGUGUGAUGUAGAUAUGGGGUAACAGACUGAAAAGCAAAAGCAGAAAAUAACAUACCAUAUAAUAUGUAGCUGUUCAUAACACAUUUUAUGCCUGUACUAUGUGAAUCUUUGGCAAUAUCUUUUUCAUUUGAUUCUACAGAGGAAGUAGGUAUUAGGUUCAUAUUAGCAAAACAAUGCAUUUGUAUCUGACAUAUUCCAUCCUCCAUAUAUCGUAACAGAAUAAAUAAAUGAUCUAUGUGCCGUGAAUUAUAUUAAUAUUUUUUAUAACAAAUAGCUUUGGCAUUUAGGAAAGAGAAAGUUCAACAAAACAAGCACUUGAUGAAAGUUCACUAUUGCAAUUGUGGUCCGUUUCACAAUAUGCAGUUUCAGUAUAACAUGCAUGUACAUGCAAAGUAUGACAUGUAUAUGGCAUUUUAUACUGCAUGUACUUAUUUUUUCCAUCCAGUGAAGUCAUGUAAAUGGGGUAAAAGCUUUGAUCAUAAAAACUAAA